ACAGUACUGUCAAUUGCAAUUGACAAUUCAUUACCUAUCGCAUAAAAAGUGGAAAAUUCUAUUUCCACAAAUAUUAACUAUAAAUUGUAUUAAUAUAGCCUGUAAUUUGUUUACUGUAUUUGUGGCAAGAUGACGGAGCUGCUUAUCGAUCCGAAUAUACGAGUUUGGGUUUUCCUUCCCAUAGUGCUUAUCACAUUUUUCGUUGGGGUGAUGCGCCACUAUGUGUCCGUGCUAAUAUCAUCACAAAAGAAGGCCGAAAUUACACAAAUUCAAGAUAGUCAAGCUAUGAUACGUGCGCGCCUACUACGCGAAAAUGGCAAAUACCUUACUGCUCAUUCGUUCGCCAUGCGAAAAAAUUUCUUCAACCACGAAGAAACAGGCUACUUCAAAACUCAAAAACGUGCACCGGUAGCUCAAAAUUCCACCGCUAUGCUAACAGACAUGGUGAAAGGCAACUUCAUCAAUGUAUUGCCAAUGGUAAUUAUCGGUGGCUGGAUUAAUUGGAUGUUCUCAGGAUUUGUCACCACCAAAGUGCCCUUCCCCCUAACAUUGCGUUUCAAACCUAUGUUGCAACGCGGUGUAGAACUUGCUUCUCUAGAUGCUGCCUGGGUAUCGUCUGCUUCAUGGUAUUUCUUAAACGUCUUCGGUCUGCGCUCCAUAUAUACACUUGUACUGGGCGAGAAUAAUCAAGCAGAUCAGACACAAGCGCAGGCAGAUGCCAUGACGGGUGCAGCAAUGACGAUGCCGCAGGAUCCGAAGGCGGCUUUUAAAGCUGAAUGGGAAGCUUUGGAAAUCACAGAGUACCAUAGUGCGUUGAAGAAUGUAGAAAAGGAUCUGUUGCAUUACGCUUUCGGUGGCGAAAUAUCGGUGGAGAAUAGUGUGCGACAGUAGCUACACGAACGUAUUCUAAUAUUUUAAUAUAUUUUCAUAUUAGCUUCGGUAUAUAAUUCGACACUGGGGUUUAGUCGCCCAGGAGGUGUAUGACUAGCGAAAUACUGUAAAUUUAGUCAAAUUUCGUAAAGCGAAUAAAUCGGUUUUAUUAG